GCAGAGGGUUUGGUGAGAGGAUAUGUGGAGGAUUGUGGGGGAAUUUGGGAACGAGCACGUUCGGGACAGUUGAAGCGUCAGACGGAGGAAUUUCUCCAAGACUCUGUAAUGGAUAGGUUUGGGACACUCCAACUCUUCACUGCAGUUUCUCUGUUAGGCCAUGUGUGUCAUUGCUGGCAAGCCAGAGUACCCGAAACAGUCACAGCCAUCAGGGACAGCUGCGUGUUAGUGCCAUGCAGCACGAUCCCGUACAGUAAAGUCGACUGGUAUAAGUAUAAAACCGUAGGCUACCCAGUUGUGUACUCCAAUGUCCAGAGUGAAAUACUCGAGGAAUUUAAAGGAAGAACAUCAGUCCCGGGUGAUGCCAGAAAGGGAGACUGCAGUUUAAGGAUAAACAAUGUCCAGAUGGAAGACGGUGAAAUUGAUCUGUACGUAUGGGUCUUUAAACCUGAUGGAAGUCAUGAUGGAUUUGAAUACCAUACCACUAAAAUAAACAUUUUGAAUCCCACAUAUCCUAUUAUAACUGCAGACAGUAUUCAGGUGGAUGGAAAGGCUUUCACUGCAAAGUGUAAAUUCCGCACUUCCUGCCCCACACCACCAGAGAUGUUCUGGAAAGGUUUGGAUAACAUUUCUAAUAAACUGAUCCACACACAGAACAGUGACACGUUAUGGUACACCGAGAUCAUCGGUACGAUCAUCGUAAGUCGCAAGAACCAGGGCGCACGACUCAGCUGCACCGCCAAGCUCAACGAGCAGGAGUAUCAAAGUUCUUCGAUCACGCUCGACGUCUUAUAUGCCCCGACGAAUGUGAGAGUAGAUUUCACAGGAAGGAACACUGUGGUCGAAGGUCAAAGUAUCUCGCUUACAUGUACUAGCGAUUGCAAGCCUUCACCAACAGACUACGAGUGGGUCGUCAACCAGAACAGCAACACAAAACGCCACAACGGAAGAACUGUUGUCCUGAACAAUGUUACGAGAAACACAUAUGUUUCCUGCAUCGUCAUUAACUCCGUAGGACGCGGUGAAUCAAAGAAGCUACCGCUCACUGUCUACUAUGCCCCGACGGAUGUGAGAGUAGAUUUCACAGGAAGCAACACUGUGGUCGAAGGUCAAAGUAUCUCGCUUGAAUGUACUAGCAAUUGCAAGCCUUCACCCACAGACUACGAGUGGGUCGUCAACCAGAACAACAGCACAAAGCGCCACAACGGAAGAACUGUUGUCCUGAACAAUGUUACGAGAAACACAUAUGUUUCCUGCAUCGUCAUUAACUCCGUAGGACGCGGUGAAUCAAAGGAGCUACCACUCACUGUCCACUAUGCCCCGACUGAUGUGAGAGUAGAUUUCAGAGGAAAGAACACUGUGGUCGAAAGUCAAAGUAUCUCGCUUGCAUGUACUAGCGAUUGCAAGCCUUCACCCACAGACUACGAGUGGGUCGUCAACCAGAACAGCACCACAAAGCACUACAAAGGAAGAACUGUUCUCCUUCAAAAUGUUACAAGAAACACAUAUGUUUCCUGUAUCGCCAUUAACUCCAUAGGACGGGGUGAAUCAAAGAAGCUACCGCUCACUGUCCACUAUCCUCCAUCCAUCUUGCCGGGGUCGUUUUGCUCCGUGUCGAACAGACUACUAAAGUGUGUGUGUAAAGCUGUGGCCAAGCCAGACGCUGAGAUCUCUUGGACCAUAGAUGGCAGCAGUACACUUUCUCCUGCCUUGAACACCACGACCAUGCUCACUGAUAAUGUGACGGUGUCGGAGUUGACCGGACAGUGGGACGACAGGGGCAAUAUCGCAUGCACAGCAACAAACAUCGCAGGGAGCAAAGUUCACCAAAUAGACAUUGACAAAUGGGUUGAGUCAUUAGUGCUGGUGGCUGGGGUUGGAGCAGCCUGUGUGUGUGGCAUCUUAGGAGUUGUGACAGUGAUCAUGAUUUGUAAAAAGAGACGCCGAGCAGAACCACCUACAGACCUCAUCGCUGUCCAGACUGUGAGCUCUGCUAAAAUAAGCCAAAACAAAAGGUUAAGUUUUGAUGAAGACCUGUAUGUGAACGCAGAGCAGUUUGAAAAGAAGUGUAAAGAACAGGAUGCAGAGUCUUGUAUCUAUGAGAAUUAUGACAAAAGGCACUGAAUCAAGAGGAAUCGAGAUGGCGACGCAUUCAACGUAAAAGAAAGUUUUGUGCAUUGGUGUGAUGGUCAUUUAAACAUUUCUGCUCUGAUUAAUUAUUAUGUCGCUUUGUAGAAGCCAACAUUCUGUUUUCCUAUUUAAGCUUAGACAAAAAUUUAUCAAGAGUAACUCCUUCUAUGGCUUUCGAGCUAUAUGCACGAAAUUCGGGUAUGCUGUAGACCCUGGUUUGAAGUUUGUUGUUAUUACUUUUCUAAGCGAUCCAAGUACCGGUACUUCCGGUACUGCGUCUCAAAAUGGCCUUUUCCCCCAUAGACUCCCAUUAUAAAUUUUGGAGGUUUAUAACUCGGCAAGGUUUCGAACUAUCUACACCAAACUUGGCCAGCUCCUUUAGGGUGAUACUCUGCACAAAGUUUUAAAUUGGUGUACCGACUGGCCUUCCGGUUGUCCCGCAGCCCUGCCCAAAAAUAUGCAAAAUCAAAAAACUUUUUACAACAUGGACAUGUGACAUACAUGUAUCAAAAUACUCAGAACAAUGUGGGAAACUUCCUCAAGAGUAUUCGGAUGACGUCACAUCACAUGCUCGUCUCCACUUACCUCCAAAUGUUUUCUCACCCUAGCUUUCUGGGUUCUUGCUUCCAAAAGUAACACUGACCCUUAUGUCCACUCGCCUCCAAAAAGCACCGGCCUUUGUGAAUACUUGCACCGUCAAAGCCAACAUCAAAGUUUCUUGCAACAAACUUUACAAAUCUAGCUAUGCUUCAAAUUUAUACUUUUGAUUUUGUACCUAUUUUUAUAUACAAAGGAUUGCUUAAAUUAUGUAUUUUCUUGUUCUAAAAUAAAUACGAAAUGCUAAAAUGAA